AUGUCGUCGUCGAGCAACUGGACCCAUGAACGGAUCCGCGACGUCCUCAACAAAUAUUUCCGAAAACGCGCGUGUUGGUUCCAGAUCGAGAUGGCAAAAGCAGUGUACGAGGGAUUUGAUGUUGUCGGUGUCGCAGCAACUGGAUCCGGCAAGACACUAUCCUUCUUCGCGCCGCUUGUCAUGGCUUUGGAGGAUGGGCUGAAAAAAGUAAUAUUCAUUGUGACCCCACUGAAUCUCCUCGGUCAGCAGAACAGCGAUCAGCUGAACACCAUUGGCUUAACGGCCAUUUCAGUAACAGCGGAAAAUGCGGGCCCGGAGACAUUUAAGGCCAUUGAAUCCGGCGCAUACAAAGUAAUUAUAAUCAAUCCUGAAAUACUGAUGAGCUCGGCGUGCACAGUGUUAUGGAAAAAUAGGAAGUUUACCGCAACUAUCCUUAAUUUCGUCUUCGACGAGGCCCACUGUGUCAGCCAGUGGAGUUCGUUCCGGAAGGAUUACCUGCAUCUGGGCAGCCUUCGUUUCGUAAUCCCGGAUACCAUUCCCUUCUUCGUUGCGUCAGCAACACUACCACCACCAGUUCUGUCCGAGGUGUCAGAGAUCCUGCGGCUACGACCGAUGCGAACGAAGCGUUUCAUACGCUCUAACGAUCGUCCAAACAUUGCACUCAUCGUCCGACAGAUCAAGUACGCGGUUACGAGUUACCACGAUUUAGUGUUCCUGAUCAAAGAUGGAUGGCGUAGAGGGGAUGCACCGCCGCCGAAAUUCGUCGUCUUCUUCGACAGUACUCGCGAGACGGAAGACGCAGUCGGUUUCCUGCAGUCUCGAUUACCCAAGGAGUUCCGUUCGAGAAUCCGUUGGUUUCAUGCGACCAUGACAUCGGCGUAUCGCCUGGACGAAUACGAGGCCUUCAAGCGAGGCGAUCUCUGGGGGCUUUGCGUCACCGAUGCAUUUGGAAUGGGCCUGGACUUACCGAGUAUAUCACUUGUAAUCCAGUGGAAAGUUAAUGCAAGUCUUUGUGCGAUCUGGCAGCGAAUUGGGCGUGCUGCUCGUGGGGAAGGAAAUACGGCGAGGGCUAUCAUCUUCGUUGAGAAGAAGUGCUUCGAUGGGAACCGGCAGAAGAAGGAUGCGACACAAGGGCUUGGGAGUCGGAAACGGAAAGCACCGGAGGGAACCGAGGGACAAGCUUCAAAGCGAAUUGCGUUGGCCUCAUGCAACGUUAACCGAGUAUUGCCAACGAAUGCCGUUGGAACAAGGCCAUUUGACGUUGGUGAGGAUCCCAUGAGUGAAGGGGACGGUACAGGAGGUGGAGCCAUUGACAUUGAUGUGGAGACACAACGCCAGAGUUAUCACAAGCGCUGUAAUCAGUAUCGGUCAAUUGGCAGUGAACACAAGGACCACGUACUCGAGCCUGCAUUGGACGACAUGGUGAAUGCUCACACACGUGGAUUUGAUUGUCGUCGACAGCCGCCUGCUAUCUACUUUGGGAAUGACAGAUGUGGUAAGUGGGAAGCCCACAUUAUUUCCCUCUGA